AUGACGAUACGCCGCUCCUUUCUACUUGUAUCUCCUAAGACAUCUCCAGAAGAGGUUUUAGGAUCUUUGGAAGUUUCAAAUUCGUCUGUCUCCAUUGAUGGAAGUAGCACUUCAAAUGUUUUGAACCAACAUUUAAUCCGUUAUUCUCCGCAAGAAGUAGAUACAAGAACAGAAAAGAGAGACUUUACUUUAACUUUCUCUCAAGGAAAUGGCGAUAUACCAUGGAUUCCUAAUGGACUGGUUCUUUUUAGUCGGGAGAAGUAUCCAGUUCCAGUGUUAUCCACUAGUCCUAUUUUUGUAAAUAACCGCUGGUAUUGGUAUAAACCAAUUGAAGAAACAUCUUUACAGGAUAUCAACACAUUGUUGAACUGGCUAAACUUCGAGACUCUGGAAUCUCUACCUGUGGGAAUUGAGCUGUUUGUAAAUGAAGAUGCCGACUUAUAUAUCUACCAAAACAAGAGCACAAUUGAGGGUAUCAAUUCAAAGGAGAAACAUGAAUUUGCCCUUGUCACUGAAAUGGACUCAGGUGAGGUGGAAGUCGAUCGCUUUGUUCAAGGUAUUAAUGGCCAGUCAAUUGACUCAAUUCAUCCGACUAUGUUUGUAUUCUCACCGUUUGCUACAUCUUCCGGUAAUGUCAAGGUCACCAUUGAUCAACACUCAAAUGCCGCAUUGCAUCCUAUAAUGGAGUUCCAGAUUCAACAAUUUGAUAAGUGGGAUAUGAAACCAAGCGAUUUGGCCAUAUCUGAUUCUUCGGAAUGCAGACUCAAAAUAGACCUUUGGAUUGUUAAGGACUUUAUCAUUGAUAAAUACGAAAUUCAAAGGUUGAUCGACAGAGGCCAAUCGUGUAUUUCUAGUUUCCAGGUAAAUGAAAUGGAUCUUGAAUUACCUAAUUACAAAGUUGACGAAUGGGGGAGCUGGGGCAAUUUUCAAAUAGACCCACAAUGUUUAGCUUCAAAAAAUGGUUCAUGGUCUAUUCCUACACAUUUAAGGUAUACUUUUCCACAGGAACACAUGUAUUGGCUACUACCUCCAUCUGUUCAGGUCUAUUGGGAAUGCCCGGUCAAUUCUGAAACUUCUGUGUCAAUAUCGCAAUCUUUCUUUACUGACGCAAAUCGUGGAUUCAAUCAUUCUCAAAGGAGAUACUAUUAUAACAUUACGGAAGACAUCAAUAUCUACAUGCCCACAAUUCCCAAAUCAGCCACCUCUUCUAUUGACUUUAUGACUGCGCUUGUAGUAGGUGUUGCUUCUUUGAUUAUUCUUAUUCGUUGUCUUUCGUUUUCCAGGGUUUAA